AUGGGUAAAAAUACCGUUCAGGCUGAGGAAUGGCUUCAAAAGUGUUACCCGGGCUCUGCUCCAUCAAUUGCAACCAUCAAACGAUGGUUUGCCGAUUUCAAACGUGGUCGUACGGACACCGAUGAUGCUGAACGCUCUGGUAGGCCAAAUGAGGCAGUUAUUCCAGAAAACAUCACAAAAAUCAACAAAAUGAUUAUGGCCGACCGCAAACUGAAAUUGCAGGAGAUAGCUGACAUCCUAAAGAUAUCAAAAGGCAGUGUGUACACAAUUUUGCAUGAUCAUUUGGGCAUGAGAAAGCUGUGUUCGAAAUGGGUGCCGCGUUUGUUGACACCGGAACAAAAACAAAAUCGUGUCGAUGAUUCGGAGAGCUGUUUGACCAUUUUUAAGCGCAAUCCGAACGAGUUUCUGCGUCGUUAUGUGACCAUGGACGAAACCUGGGUCCACCAUUUCACUCCGGAGUCAAAUUGGCAGUCAGCUGAAUGGACAGAAGCCGGUGGAAGUCGACCAAAGCGCCCAAAAACACAAAAGUCAGCUGGCAAGCCAAAUCCGUUGAAUGUUCGAACUUAUCGCAUCAUGAGAGACCACAAAACCGAUUUGGAAACUUCAAUGAUUGGCAUACAGUUUGUGAUUACCCAACAACAUUUCCUCAACAACAAACUCAAG